UUGAAUUAGCCGGGAGUUAGGUGAAGCGAGGCAGAGCCAAAAUGGCGGCGACGGAAACAGCCCACUCUGAGCUUCAAACCCGCUCUUCGGUAACCUGUGGGUGACGUCACGGAGCCAUCUUUAUUUAGUCUAUGCUCCACACACACCCGACCUCUUUGGCCGUUUUUGAAUUAACCGGGAGUUCGGCGGAGUCAGGUACCGGCAAGAUGGCGACGUCAGACCUGCCUACUCUCAGCUUCAAAUCCGCUCUUUUGUAACUUAAGGGUGACGUCACAGAGACUACGUUCAUUUUUAAUUACAGUCUAUGCUCCACACACACCCGACCUCUUUAGCCGUUUUUGAAUUAGCCGGGAGUUAGGUGGAGCGAGGCAGAGCCAAGAUGGCGGCGACGGAAACAGCCCGCUCUGAGCUUCAAAACCGCUCUUCGGUAACCUGUGGGUGACGUCACAGAGACUACGUUCAUUUUUAAUUACAGUCUAUGUUCCACACACACCCGACCUCUUUAGCCGUUUUUGAAUUAGCCGGGAGUUAGGUGGAGUGAGGCAGAGCCAAGAUGGCGUCGGCGGAGCAGCUACAGAAACCAACAGGUGAUUUCAGGAGUCCGUCUGUGAGAGAUGAGCUCUCUGACAGAGGGACUUUGUCAGACUCAGCUGGUUGCAGUGAGACUCGGUCGUGUCCAAACACAACAGGAGGAAGAGAACAAACAUGGAGAAGAGACUGAGCAAAGGUUAAUAUGUAGUGUCGACUGUGAAACGCUUCACAAGUGUGUUGGAGAGAGAGAGAGAGAGCAGCAGACGGAGUGUGAGCAGUGAAGAGACGAGUCUCAUCGAUACAGCUGUUCUCUGACAGUCAUAUAGACUGAUUCUUCAUCUUCAUCAUCAUCUUCAUCUUCACCCAUGUCGGUUCUUCCUCUGCGGGUGAAAAUGCUGCAGCAGGUCUGGAGGUUGAAGGGCAUCGUUGUGCUCGUGUGCAGCCCGUUCAUCCUGCUGCCGCUCGCUGUCAGCACCACGGAGGCAGCCUGUGCUUACGUCAUAGUCCUCAUGGCGGUGUACUGGUGUACUGAGGUGCUGCCGCUGGCGGUGACGGCGCUGCUGCCGACCAUCCUUUUCCCCGUCCUCGGCAUCAUGGAGUCCAAAGACGUGUGUAUGCAGUACCUGAAGGACACUAACAUGCUGUUUGUGGGGGGGCUGAUGGUGGCCGUGGCCGUGGAGCACUGGAACCUCCAUAAACGCAUCGCCCUCAGAGUGCUGCUGCUGGUCGGCGUGCGACCCGCCCUGUUGAUGCUGGGGUUCAUGGGAGUGACGGCCUUCCUGUCCAUGUGGAUCAGCAACACGGCCACCACCGCCAUGAUGGUCCCCAUCGUCCAGGCCGUCCUGGACCAGCUCCACGGCAACGUGGACUCUGAACCCUCGACCAAGAGCCAGAGCAGGACUGUGGUUCUGCACCAGGAGCACCAGGAGAAAACCGUCAGCGUCCUGCAGACCGUCGCUCUGAGCGUCCCGGACAAAGGUGCGCCCGGGACGAUCCAGGCACAAGGCGACUCAGAGAAAACCAGCGACCUGCAGGACACCAACGUGUCCCCUGAGCAGACAGUGAUGUCAGAGGGUCACAUGGACAAGCAGGAGAUCGUCAAACCAACACCACAAGACAAACCUCCUUCAGAUGGGACCAGUGCUGGACCUGCCGUCGUGUCCGUGGAGAACGUCUGCUGUCAGAUGGAGCUGGAGGAGCUGAGCGACGAGGAGGAGGAGAGGAGGAGGAUGAGUAAAGGCCUCCUGCUGUGUGUGUGCUACGCCGCCAGCAUCGGAGGCAUCGCCACUCUGACGGGAACCGGACCGAACCUGGUCCUGAUCGGACAGAUGAGCCAACUCUUCCCUCAGAACGGGGACGUCAUCAACUUUGCGUCCUGGUUUGCGUUUGCCUUCCCCACCAUGGUGCUGAUGCUGACGCUCGCCUGGUUCUGGCUUCAGUUCCUCUACGUCGGCUGCAACUUGCGGAGGACGUGGGGCUGCGGGGCCGUCCAAUCAGAGAAGGAGCGAGCGGCGUACGAGGUGAUCCGGGACGAGCAUCAGCGUCUGGGACCCAUGAGUUACGGGGAGGUCAGCGUCCUGGCGCUCUUCAUCCUCAUGGUGGCGUUGUGGUUCACCAGAGACCCCAGCUUCAUGGACGGCUGGGCCACGCACGUCUUCAACGCCAAGGCCGAGUUCGUCACUGAUGCGACCGUCUCUCUGUUUGUUGCCAUUCUGUUGUUCGUUCUUCCCUCUGAGCCGCCGCUCUACCUCUGCUGCUGGAGGAGCUCUGACACAGACUCCCAGGUGUCACGAGUCCCCGCCCCUCCCCUGCUCACCUGGCAGGUGACUCAGAAGAAGAUGCCGUGGAACAUCGUCCUGCUGCUGGGAGGAGGCUUCGCUCUGGCCAAGGGCAGCGAGGAGUCCGGUCUGUCCCGCUGGCUCGGCACUCAGAUGACACCGCUCCACUCCAUCCCUCCCUGGGCCAUCGCCGUCGUCCUCUGCCUCCUUGUCGCCACCUUCACCGAGUGUGCCAGCAACGUCGCCACGGCAACACUCUUCCUGCCCAUCCUGGCCUCCAUGUCUCAGUCGAUGAGCUUGAAUCCUCUGUACGUGAUGAUCCCCUGCACCCUCAGCGCCUCCUUCGCCUUCAUGCUGCCAGUGGCCACGCCCCCCAACGCCAUCGUCUUCUCCUACGGUUUCCUCAAAGUGUCAGACAUGGCUAAAACAGGCGUGGUGAUGAACAUCAUCGGGAUCGGCUGCAUCAGUCUGGCCAUCAACAGUUGGGGUCGUGUCAUGUUUUCUCUGGACUCAUUCCCUGAGUGGGCCAACACCACCGCGCCAGUGUAGGGCCGCCUCUGUUUCCUGCCACCUCCUGGACUCUGGAUGGUUUUUAUAUUCCCACUGCAGCUUGUGACGGUUCUGAAGCGGCGUCUGGACCUCACCACUGAUCGAGAGCGUGUUUCCCAAAAGUUUCAACUCUAGCUGCAGGUAGAAGUUCACCAUAGAUUCUUAACAAUAUUAAAAUAAUCAUUAAAUUACUUUGCCAUUUCUUUUAUCACUGUCAGGAAAAGUCAAGUUAACUCCACUCAGAUCUUAAUGCAGGAAUUAGAGGAACUGUGUCCUUUGAGCCACAGGAAAGCUGCAAUUAUGUGAUUUGUUGUUUUUGUUUUUUUGCAAUUUCCAUUUCUAUAAUGUUAAUUCUAGCAAUUGUAUCUUUAAUUUGUCCAAUUUAAAGUUGAAUUAAUAGAUUUUUUGUUUGUUUAUUUAUUUAUUUUUUAUUUUCUGGCCACACUCAUAUUAUCACAUUAUAAAGUAGUGUGGCUAACAUGUUAGCAAAAGCUGCUAAUGUUCAUAUUUCCUAAGAUAAGAACAGAAAAUGGAUGGUUUUCAUUCACUGAUUAAUUCCCAUCACUCAUACUUUUAAAAGCCUCCCAGAUGUUCAAAGGACCUGAUUCUCCCAUUCACAGAGGUUUUUAAAUUUGAAAGGUCUGCAGGAAGUGUUGGGUCUCGCUGAGAGCAGCUUCAUAAUAAUAAAAAAAACAGCAAAGUAGAAAUUAAUUUAAAUAAUAAGUGACUAUAAAUAAUAAGUGUUUCUCUUCAGCUUAGGAAAAUAAAAUCUAAUGUCAUAGACUUUACUGUUAGUUUAAACCUCAAAAAGGUAUAACUGACAAAACAGUUCUUCUUCAGUGGUGUUUUUAUUUACGGUUGAGGCUUGGGAAACUGACUCUAGAUCAGUGAGCAGACUCCAGCUGGACUUCACUAAUCAGGGAACUUUUCUGUCCCGACUCUCAUCCCUGCGAAUUGGAAUUAUUUUAAGUGAUUAGAAAAUACAGUAGAUACUGUUUGUUUUUUAUUGUUUUCUAUUUAAACAUAUGAGUUUUAUUUAGUAACAUAGUUUUUAUGAGAGUGAACAUGUUGUGUACAUACGUAAUAGCAGAGUUUUGUAUCGUCUUGUUGCUAACAGUUUUAUUAAAGUUGAUCUUUAAAGAAACGUGAGUCAACAAUCCUUUGAUUGUAUGAGUGAAGAGUAUAGCUAAUGAGAGACUUUUAUUUUGAAUGAUAUCAAACCCAGAAUAUAACCAUUAAAUGUAAAAAUAUGUCAUUUUACUGUGAUAUAUGAUAACUAUAUAGAUAUAAGAAAUAUGUGAUUGUAAAAAUAUACAAUAUAGAUAUAAAUGUAUCUGACAUCUUGACUCAAAAAAACAAGAAAAGCUCCUAAAAUAAAAGGUCUAAUAUUGUUUUCAGUUUCGCCUCUAAACUUCUCACAUGCUUUAAUUUCAAUAACUGUUUGAGGCUCAAAGGUCAAAUCAUCCAAUAUUUUUCAGGAAAGUAAAAGAAAUUACAAACCAUUUGUAUCAGAACUUUAUUUUGUCUUCUUCUCGCUCACGUUAAUUAUCUGAUGAGCCAUAAAUUUACUUUUUAAUUGCAUGAAUCUGAUAACACUCCUGUGCUUUUACUUCGGUGGGAUUGUAAAUGCAGAAUAUUUUUCAUUGUGUUAACUUCAAGGGACACAUUACCAUUACAGUCAACUGAUUCCUUGUUGAUAUAAAAAUAUUGAUUAGUGCAGGUUUAACCCUUUGACCACUCAACCACUCAUCGCCUCAAAUGUAUUUAAAUUUGUUUUUUAAAUGUAAUUAAAAACAACUCACACUGGAUUAAUCAUUGCACUUUUUCUCCUCUGUGUCAUAGCUACAGGUAACUGUAGGAAAUAAAGAUCUUAACUUUAUUUCUAGUCAGACAGCUCCACCUGUACAGCAGCUGCAGCAUUGACACACUGUCAAGUGUCACAAUAAAAGACCUGUCCAGGAA